AUGACGAAACGGAACAUGCUUGAAGACCACCACCCUGAACUAGACUUCUUAGCUAUGAACCAGAAUUUGGUCGAAUGCCAGAACAAGGGAGCUGAACCGCCAAUCAUCAGGCGGAGGAUGAGGUCAACUCCACAGAAAAACUACCGACUGCCCACCCACCCCCGUAUAAUUAUCUGCUUUACUUUACCUGCAGUUACGUCGGAUGGAAUUGUGGCGGGUCAGGUGGCCAACGGUGGGACGAACCACCUCCGCAAUAAUAACAGUGCCUUCGUUGGGCGGAUCCCAGUCCUAGACUUCGAGCUGGACUUUCGAGAUCGAGAUGCCUGGUAUGGAAAAGCGUCACCCACCUGCCACGCAACAUUGUUUAUUAGGUUCAGGGGGGGCUGCCAUUUCAGCCCUAGAUUCCAAUCACUCUCUGGUUGGAAAGCGUAA